AUGGAAAAAGCAAUUUCUCCAAUACCCAUAGAAGUUCACAAACAGGAAGCGAUGGCAUCAACCCAUCAUAAAACUAGUGAGGGUAUAAAGAAUGCGAUAUUUGGCUCGGUUGCAGGAAUGACCGGCAAAGUUUUUGAAUAUCCAUUUGAUACGGUGAAGACAAGGCUUCAAACUCAACUUCCCGAACGUAUUAUUUUUAUGGGUCCCUUGGAUUGCUUCAAAAAGACAUUUAAAAAGGAAGGAAUUUGGGGAUUUUACAGGGUAGAUAGGUUAAAAGGAGCAAUGCUAGAGAAUGCAAUGCUAUUCCUGGUUUACAAUCAGAUUCAAAUGAUGAUUAUAGAACAUGCAACUCCGUCUAGUGAACGACAUCUUUUGUAUAAAAAGGAUAUUGUCGUGAAUCAAGCUCCGCUUAGCAUGUAUCAAUUAUGUUUAGCAGGUGGUAUAUCCGGAUCGUUGACCUCAUUCACGCUAACUCCUUUGGAACUAAUCAAAUGUAAGCUGCAAGUUCAAGAAACCUUCACAUAUGGAAAAAUACCAAUGGCGGCAACAAGGAAUGAGCCUUCUGUGGUAGCAACACGUCCAGCGUACACAGGCCCGAUGUCAAUCAUUAAAUACACUAUAAAAGAACACGGAAUAGGUGGACUUUAUCGUGGUCAUUUUGGCACGCUGAUUCGUGAAACGUUUGGUGGGGCUGCAUGGUUUGGGACUUAUGAAUUUGUUUCGAGAUUAUUCAUGAAACAAAGAGAGAGAUCAAUGAGCAUUGAUGGUUUAUCACCAUCUAGGAAGACAGAUUUAAGUGCGAUACAAUUAAUGAUAUCCGGGGCGUGCGCCGGAAUGGCCUAUAACAUAACAAUUUUUCCGGUGGAUUCGAUCAAAAGCCAGGUGCAAACGGAUGAAGAGAUGAUGUUGUAUAUGGGAAAAAAAGUUGUAAAAAGAGGAUUUUUCAGGGUUGGCAAAGAAAUAUACAAAAAUAAUGGCAUACCUGGAUUUUAUCGUGGAUGUGGUAUUACUGUAGCUAGGGCUGCUCCUUCAAGUGCCAUAAUCUUUAUGACAUAUGAAACUGUGGCGUGGCAAGAAUUUCUAAGCUUCUCUGCCAUUCAAGUCUCUAAGCCGAGCCAUGAAAGUAGUACAGGACUUCCAUUUCCAUAA